UUCACCUAAGUAUAAUGAAAAAACAAAAGAGCAUGUUCGUAUGAAAAAAGCAAUACAUUCCAAAGAAGGAACUAUUUUUGAUUUCAUAAUUUGCUUACCAAAUAAUGAAUCAGAAAUUGCAAAAAGUCCUCUCUUAAUUGUUCUGGAACUGGAAAUAAGAAGAUAUCUUAGCAUAAAUAAUGUCAUCACCAAUACUGAAUUUGAACUGGUAGAAGAAUUACUUCAAGAAGCUAGCAUCAAAAGGUAUAGUCUCUCAUACCUAUCUGAAAACUUUCCUAACAAAUUUCCAUUAUCACAUAUCUCUUCAUCACACUGGGAUAUGAAUAGUGGACUGUAUUUUGAUAUGACACUAAAACUAGAUCUUGCUAAGUAUGAAAUUUAUUUAGUUGAGCUAGGAGAAGAAGCAAUGAAGUUAAUUAAUUUAAUAGAUCGAGCAGUUACCAAAGGAUUUUUAGCCAAACCAGUAGUAGAGAUAAAUAAUGAAAUUAUAAAACUGAUUCUCUGGUAUGUAAAGAAUGUAAUCUGUAGUAAGGAUGAAAGACUUGAUGAAUAUAUUUAG